AUGGUUACUCUAACAGCCAAGGAAUUUAGGUUGAUCUCGUUAUUGGCGUUAGAUUCGAUUUUCUUUCUUUUAGAAAUUACAAUCGGAUAUAUGUCAAAAUCAUUGGCAUUAAUUGCAGAUUCUUUCCACAUGUUAAAUGACGUGAUUUCAUUGUUAGUUGCGCUUUGGGCAGUCAAUGUCUCGAAGAAUAGAAAUCCCGAUUCCAAAUAUACGUAUGGCUGGAAAAGGGCCGAAAUUUUAGGAGCCCUUGUCAAUGCAAUUUUCUUGAUUGCAUUGUGCUUUACCAUUUUUGUCGAAGCCUUACAAAGGUUAUUAGAUCCCCCCAACAUUGAAAAUCCUAAAUUAGUUCUUAUUGUCGGUAUUGCCGGAUUGUGUUCAAAUAUUGUAGGAUUAGCCAUUUUCCACGAUCAUGGCCAUUCCCAUGGUGGUAGUGAUCAUUCUCAUGGUGAUGAAGAACAUCAUACCUCGCAUUCGCAUUCGCACGCGGAUGAUGAAUUAUUGGAAUUGGAGAGAGAACAAAAUUUCUAUCAAACCAUUGGUCGUAAUGCUAGUAAUUCGAGUAUUGAUCCAUCUAAUGAUAAUAUUGGUGACAUUUGGCCUCAAAGUGUUGUUGAGAGAAUGUCGACUGAAAGUACGGGUUUGUUGGCCAGACAGAGAGAAUUAGAAGCAGCUUCGCAUCUUAAAAAAGACCAUUCAAAAUCUCCAACUUCUCUGAACAUGCAUGGUGUAUUCCUACACGUUGCAGGCGACGCUCUGGGUAACAUUGGUGUGAUCCUUGCAGCUUUAGUUAUUUGGAAGACGGACUAUUCUUGGAAACAAUAUACUGACCCUGCCGUUUCACUAAUUAUCACUUGUCUGAUCUUUGCGUCUGCUUUGCCAUUAUCAAGAAAAUCGGGUCGUAUUCUUUUGCAAGCAACACCUUCUACGAUUUCAGCUGAUGAAGUUAAGGCUCAAGUAUUAAAAGUUCCUGGUGUUCUUUCUGUUCACGAUUUUCAUAUUUGGAAUUUAACUGAAUCGCUUUACAUCGCUUCCAUUCACGUUCAAAUUAAUUCUACACCUUCGCAAUUCGUCGUUGUUGCAAAAUUAAUUCGUAGUAUAUUCCAUAACUACGGUAUUCAUUCAGCUACUGUACAGCCGGAAUUUCUGGAUGAUGGAGAAAGCCCGAAUGUAACUACAAGAGAUACGGAUCCUUCUCAUCAAGUAAUGUCAUCGACAAUGCCAUCAACGCCAGAAGCCCCUCAAUCGUCUUACGGUGCAACUUCGGUAGAAUCGCACUGUUUGGUAGAUGAAGUCGCUAACUGUAACACCGAUAACUGUUUAUCUACAAAAUAA